CAAGUGUUACUCUUAAGAUUUCUUUAGAAUGUGCUCUGCUCAUUUCGGUGAUUGUCAGCCCUAGAGUAGAGGACAAUGUGCAAUUAAUAAUACAGGUUUAUAUUGUGGUGAAAAUGUGCUGGUGAUUCUCCAAGAAUAGCCUAUAUGUAUUAAGGAACUAUAGUGGGAAGGGGGGAGUUAAAAGCUCCCUUGGGUGCUUGAGAACUCAAAAGGCCACCUUUUUAUAUUGAUAACAUAUCUCGAAUUUCUACAUCUGUUGCAUCUGUUACGGUGUCCCUCUCUACCUUUCUCUAUUCCCCUUGAGAGAAAGGAGGCGGAGGGGAGAGGGGGUUGAGAGAGGAAGCAAAACGGCACGUUCAAGCAAAACUCCACAUUUACUUUGGGCUUCACUGCAUCCUCGCUCUCAGACUUGUCUUUCUGCAGUGCAAACGCCUUGGGACUGUUACACAGAUACAGCUCGGUUUUUCGCUUUCCCUAACCCAACAUUUCUGAACGGAGAAAUAUAUUUGCCGGUAAGAGGAGAAUUAAGUGGGGGAUUGAGCACCUCAGUGAAACCAAUUGAAACAAUGUUUCAGAUUGCUCUGACACCAGCCAGACUGGGUAUACUCGGACGGUGAAAAGGAAUGUUCCCCGUGGCAUCUCGCACCGAAGUGAUUAUUGAGUCGGAUUAAAAGUGGGAGAACAGAUCUAUACUGUCUCAUUUGACAGUCGAACUGUUGUUUGGACUACGCUCAGAUUCCCCAAAAAUAUGAAAAUGUCACCCCCAGAUCGAAGGAAAAAUAUGCGCGCCCUGGCGUUGGAAAUUGGAAUACGAGUUUUGCUCUUUGGAGUUUUUGUCUUCACAGAGUUCCUGGAGCCCUUUGAAAGAGUGAUCCAGCCUGAGGAGCUGUGGCUCUAUAAGAACCCCCUAGUGGAAUCAGACCACAUCCCUAAGAGGGUGAUGUUUGCAAUUUCAUUCCUCACACCUUUGGCAGUCAUUUUUGUGGUGAAGAUCAUUCAGAGGACCGACAGAACGGAAAUCAAAGAGGCCUGUCUUGCGGUAUCACUUGCUCUGGCUUUGAAUGGAGUCUUCACUAACACAAUCAAGCUGAUAGUAGGCAGGCCAAGACCGGAUUAUUUCCACCGCUGUUUCCCUGAUGGACAGCUGAAUGCCAAGAUGCUGUGCACAGGAGAGCCUGACCUGGUUGCUGAGGGCCGGAAGAGUUUUCCCAGCAGCCAUUCCUCAUUUGCAUUUUCUGGCCUGGGCUUCACCUCCUUCUACCUGGCGGGGAAGCUGCAGUGCUUCACGGAUGUGGGUCGUGGGCGCAGCUGGCGCCUCUGUGCCAUGGUGCUGCCCAUCUACAGUGCCGUGAUGAUCGCACUGUCCCGCACCUGUGACUACAAACACCACUGGCAAGAUGCCUUUGUGGGAGGAGUAAUCGGCCUGAUCUUUGCCUACAUCUGCUAUCGGCAGCACUACCCCCCUUUCCUCCACAUAGACUGCCACCUGCCUUAUGCCACCCUGGCUACUGCCCACCCGGUGCCCGCUGCCCAGGAGGAUGCGCAGCCCACUGACAACGCCACCAGUCUGCCUCUGGAGGGCCUCACCGAGGGGCCCGUAUGACCGCCUGGAGCCUCCAGUCCUGCCCAGGCCAAUGUCAACCUGUAGCGCCCACCUCUGCAGCGUGACCAUGCAGACAAACUGACUUGCUCUUCAACAUUCCAGUGAAUAGUACCCUCCACUUCUUUCCUGUGUUCUUUAUCCUAACCCUGCACCCCUUUUUUUCUUCUUUUCUCCUUGUUGGUGUCUGAAUCAGCAGUCUCUCUGAGCUAUAUUUAGAUGUUUUUGUGUGUAUCGGUGGAGAAUAUGGGACAACUUUCUGGAGAGGCGAGGCAGAAAACAGUUUAGACAAAAUAUGAUUAAGAAGCCACUUCAGAAAUGUUUGUGAAAUGUUAUUUUACUGCACUCAUUAAUUCUUUAUAUCCAUUUUUUUCACUGGUGCUGAUACCAUUUUUAUUGACACGUAAUGUCAUGGUUGAUUGGGAAAAUGUUAUUAACUCAUGCAAUAUCGUCUUUACGAUUCUCCCAGUAAUUCUGGUUGUUGACUGUGGAUAAAAAUCAAGUCAAGCCUGUAACACAUUUCUUUUUCAUUUCAGCCACAAUAGAUAUUGGUCUCUGCAGUAAUGGUGUGCAAAUGUCUGG